AUGCGUUCAGAUGUGACUCUCGACAGGGAGAAUGGCGAUGCUGUCUCAUCCUUACCUUCCAAUCCAACAACGACUUUGGAAUAUAGUCGUUCAAUCUCACAAGAUUUACGCUAUUUUGAUGAUGCUCUGACUCAUGCCAUCGAUCAAUUGACAACAUUCAAUAGCGAAACAAUGUCUGAUCUUUCACUUAAAUAUGAACUAAUGAGAAAUAAUGAAAGUCGUGUUAUUGGAUUUUUCGCUCGUCAGCUAAUGCUAUUGAAAAAGGAAAAAUCCAAUGGACAAAAUGGUGGUUUUCACAGCGAAUAUUCUAAAAUUGAUCGUUUUCUAACUGCUAUUAAUCUUAAUGAAAAAUCCAUUGAGUAUAUUUCACAACGAAUAACAUUUGAUGAUCUAUUGAAUAAGAAAACGGCAGUGAAUGAACACAUUUUAAUUGAUGCUGGAUUGACAGAGACUGAAAGAAAAGAUUUCCAUAAUGCACAUAGUGCACUGAAAGCUUGUAUAGAAUAUUUUUCUAAUGGCGGUAUGAAUCAUAAUGGACGUUUUUAUUGGCAUACAGAAAUACCGAUGAGUACUUCAUCCGAUUCUACAUAUCGGUUGUCAGAUACAGCACAUCCAACUGCACCCGCCACUGAAACUAUACGAUCAGCAUCUGUAUCUUCGUCGAAAUCAACUGACUUUGAAGCUACGGCGGAUAAUCAACCGGUAGGACAAGCAUCUCCGCAUACACGAAAACAUAAUCCAUCUCAUACGCCGCCUCCAUCUCGGGCGAAUCAUUUAUGUGUAAACGGAAAGGGUAGAUAUGAACAUCCGAGUAAGAAAAGUUUACUUGAUCCGGCGAUUUUCAACACUAAUACGAAUUCUUCUCGAAAUACGGAUCUACAAUUACCUAGCGAAGGUAACUCAUCUCGUCGAAAUUCAUACGGUUCAGAUUCGGAAAGUCGUUUACCGUCUGGUUCAGCAACACCAAAAUCACCUACCGUUCGUUCUCCUGCAUUGUCUAAUUCACCAUUGGGCUCCGCACAAAACAGUGAUGCCGAAAACGAUACAAGAAUACCAGAAGCAGUCAUGUACAAUACUUCUUCGCCCAUCCUUAGACAUCGAUUGGCACAUAUAAUUCAACACAAAUACAAAUGUCACAAAGAAUGUGUACAACACGCUCCAGCUAAUUGCGGCCUUAGUGAAAUCCUCUUAAGACGAGCGAUUGAAAGUAAUGAUUUUCAAAAUAUUCAUGCAAAUUCAAGUCCAAUGUCACGUAAAUAUCCUUUUGCACCGUGGGAUAAUAUAAGUCCAACAGCUUCAACACCAAUAUCUGCACCUGAAUCACCGGCAUUAAAUCCUACGGAACCUGGCUAUUUUAAACCAACGAUGUGUAUUAGUGAAUCACUCUAUUCCACUCAAAAUGAUCCUGAUAGUUGGGUCGUCAUAGAGGCGACUAGUAAAAAUGCAUCAGAAAUUCCUGAAGCUCAAUCAGAUACUGACACAAAUGCAACAAUUCAAACAGAUUCCGGAACAAAUUUAACUGAUUCAACCUCGACAACUCAUAGUAAACUAGUACGACAAAUGUCACAGAGUGAACGAUCGCACCCGAAAUGUGAAGAUCUUGUUCAUACAAAACUUUUCGAUACCAAUUCAUUUGAUGAUGAUGAAACUGAUCCAGAAAAAAGAAGUUUCAACCUUGCCAGUUCACUACAAGAUUGGGUUAUUGUAUUUAAUAAUAUAAAAAUGGGUGAAGAAGUACGACGUUCAUCUGGCACAUUAAUGAAAGCUCAUUGGCAUGGUGAAAUAGCCGUCCGUAUAAUAAAGCCAGAUCCCAAAACAGAUCCAGUCAAAUUUCUGAAUCUAUUCAAAAAUCAAGUAUUUCGAUUGCGAAAAGUUCGACAUGAACACUUAAAUUUAUAUACAGGUGUUUGCAUUGAUAGUCCAAAUUUUGCCAUUGUUUCAAAUUGGAUUCGUGGCAUAAAUUUACAUGAAAUAAUUCAUAUUCAGCACGAUUCAAUUCAACUGAAUACAGCCGUACAGUAUGCUGCUCAGAUAGCUCAAGCAAUGAGUUAUUUGCAUGAGAAAUCCAUAAAUCAUAUGUCGUUACGCACGACGAAUAUAUUUGUACAAAAUAAUCGUAUUAUUUUAACUGAUUAUGGUCUCGUACCAUUGAGUAAAUGUUUUCGUGUAACUGAUCAACCAGCGAUUGUUGCACAACGUGGAUGGCUGAGUUAUUUAGCACCAGAGAUAAUACGAAAACUUGAUCCACGUAAUGAAGAAACAAUUUUACAACAUACGCCACAAACGGAUGUUUAUGCAUUCGGUACUGUUUGGUAUGAACUUUUAUUUCGAGAAUUUCCUUAUGCUAAACAACCACCGGAAUAUAUUAUUUGGAGAGCAGGAAAUUCAAUUAAACAACCAUUGAGUAGUGUACAUAUUAGUAAAUAUGCGAAAGAUAUAAUUAAUCAAUGUUGGUCAUUUGCACCAGAUGAUCGGCCUGAUUUUGCGAUGCUUUGCAAAUCAUUAAGUAAAAUGCCAGGCAAACGAACAUUGGUACGAUCUCCAUCAACACCUCUUCAAUAUAAUGCUCGGUCACAUAUUGAAACACAAUUUUAA